UGUUAUUUUGGCUUUUAGUGAAAUAAAUAACAAAAUGUAAAAUAUUGAAUUGUUAUGCAAGGGCACAUUAAACAAAAAAUAUAAAAAAAAAUAUCUAGUUGCAAUGAGUUGUAUAGAGUAAAUAAGUGAAAUAAAUUGAGAAAAUAGAAAAAAAACAAAGGAAAACAUAUAGAAAAGAAUAUUGUGAUUUAGAAAAAAGAUUAAAAGAAAUCAAUAACAUAAAAAUAAAUUAAAAACUUAAAAUGCAUUUCGAAAAUAUAUCACCACCAAGUCCGGCCGGCUCGGAUAUAUCAGUUGGAUCACCAAGUCCUCCACCAAUUCAUUAUCAUACACCAAGGCAUUCAUCAGAAAGAUCACCAACAAUAAUAGCAGAUAGUUACACGUACACGCAGAAUAAACAGAAACUAAAUAAAACUAAUAAUGAUUUAUCAUUAAUUAAUCAGCAGUCAAGAUCUAUAACGCCACCAUCAACUUCCCCAACUCACAAUAAUCAAAAUCAAUCCGCUUCCAAUUCAUCACUAUCAAAAUCAUCAUCAACUAGUACAACGGAAGGUGUAAAAGGAUUUUCGAUUGCUGAUAUUUUAGGCAAUACACCCAACAAAAAUGUAAAAGCAAAUAUUUUAAAUCAAGGAAAUCGACAAGAAUCAUCACAGUUAACGCAACCAUCAUUAGGACCAACAAAUCUUUUAAAUUUUCCACCAGCUGCAGCUGCUGCCGCCGCUUUUGCUUAUCCAUGGAAUCCAAUUAGAAAUCCAACUAUAACAGCAAUACCAUUUUUACCGCCGGCACUAUUACAUUAUGAACAACAAUUAGCUUUAGAUUAUCAAAGACAUUUACAAGAUUAUUUAAAUGCACAAGCAGAAUUAUUGCGUCAACGAAUGAAUAUUGAUACAAUAAGAUCAGAAAGUGGUUCAGAACGUUCUAAAUCAACUGGUAGUGAUUGUUCUUCACCAGAUAUUAAUGCAAGAUUAUCAGUAGGCUCAGAACCAAAUUUACAUAGUAAUGGACAUUAUUCAACGACAGCAGCUUCAUCUUCGUCGUCAUCAUUAACAUCACAGAAUCAUUCGGGUCGUGGUAGCGGUAGCAGUGGUGUUACAACAUCAUCAUAUGGAUCAUCUGAAAGUCGUAGUAAUGAAUCAAGUUUAGAUGAUAAAUUGAAAAAUUCAUCUAUUUCAAAUGGUCAGCAGGAUAAUAAUAAUAAAUCAAGUGAAACACCUCUAGAUGCUUUAUUUCAUAUGACAAACAAGGAUUUUAAAUCAGAUGACCAAUCUCAUUUGGAUUUGUUUGCUACAAGACCACAGCCGAAAAAGAAAAGAAAAUCACGUACCGCAUUUACAAAUCACCAAAUAUUUGGUUUAGAAAAACGUUUUCUUUAUCAAAAAUAUUUAUCACCGGCUGACCGAGAUGAAAUUGCAGCAGCCUUGGGACUAUCAAAUGCACAGGUUAUAACAUGGUUCCAGAACAGGCGUGCAAAACAGAAACGUGAUUUGGAGGAGCUCAGGAAAGAUAUUGAAAGUGCGAAAGCAUUCUCAACACAAAAUAUGUAUAUAGAAAAUUUUAAUGAUUUAAAUUUUUUAAAGAAGCAACCUGUAUCUAAUGAUGUUUUGAUGAAGGAUGAUCAAGAACAACAACAGCAACAAUUAAAUCAUUUACAUCAUCAACAGCAACAACAACAACAACCACAAACAUCACCUUCAACAUCAACAACGGUUGUAAUACCACAACCAAUUAUUUCCUCUAGACCUCCUGUAAAUUCAAUUGAUUUAAAUCAUCAUCAUCAUUCACAUCAUCAUCAUCACCAUCACCAUAAUCAACAAGGCCAGCAGCAACCACAACAACAACAACCGGAUAGAAGAGCACCAGUUGGUGCCUAAAAUUAAUAAUAUGAUUAAAAUAGUGUUGAAAAUAAUAAAAAAAAAUUAAUUUGUGUGUGUGAUACUUUAAUAGCUAAAACAUGAUAAAAAUUUACUUAACUUUUACUAAAUUUCUUACCUCGAAAAUGAUGUUGUCAUAUCUCGAAUUUUGUGCAUUCACGAAAAUUUUAUGUUUGAAAAUUUAAAAAGAGAAAACUUGAUAAUUUUCAAAUUAGAAAAUUAAAAUAUAAAUUGUUUUAUAAUUAAAUUUUGAUUGUUGCAAAUAGUUUCUCUUUUGACUUAA